AUGAAAUAUUUCAUUGUCAUUUUCUGUCUCGUCUCUUCGGUUUAUUCAAAAAGCUUUGUGCAUCACCCCGCUGCUUAUGGAGAUCGCCGCUGUGUCAACAUGUGGGAUGAGGGCUGUAUCAAUGGACAGCUUCCGGGAUCGGGUUGGGAUGACUAUUAUUUGAAUGGUAACUUUAAUCCCGGCAAGCGGUGCCUUAAUAUGUGGGAUGACGGCUGUGCCAAUGGACAACUACCCGGAGCAGGCAACGAUGACUAUUACCUCGGCGGUGGAUUCAAUCCAGGCAAGCGUUGUGUCAACAUGUGGGACGAAGGCUGCAUCAAUGAUCAAAUUAAUGGAGCCGGUAACGAUGACUAUUAUUUGAACAACGGCUUCAAUCCAGGCAAACGUUCCGUGAUUGAAUUGUUCAAGAAACUGCAUAAAACGAAACCUAAAUUAUAAAAACUUUGUCGAUUUAAAGAAAACAUCCGUCCAUUUAAUUUUUUAUCUACACUGUGUUUUUUGUGAUUCAAUUUAAUUUUUAAGAUCCGUUAUAGUUUUCGCAAUUAUAUGACUUUGGCAAUU